AUGGCUCCUUCAUCAGUUGCAAAGACUGCUCAAUUAGCAGCUCAACAAUUAAAAUAUAAUAAUAAAAUGAUCAAUACUCAAGCAUUAAAAAAAGCUGGUCAAUUUCAAGCAUUAAGAAUGAUGGAUGUUCGUUUAAACUCCAAUGUUGCUGCUCCAACCACCAUGACCGUCAGAGAUGCAUUAAACGCCGGUUUAGCUGAAGAAUUAGACCGUGAUGAUGAUGUUUUCAUAAUGGGUGAAGAAGUUGCUCAAUAUAAUGGUGCCUAUAAGGUUUCUCGAGGAUUAUUGGAUAGAUUUGGUGAAAGAAGAGUUAUUGAUACUCCAAUUACCGAAAUGGGUUUUACUGGUUUAGCAGUUGGUGCUGCUAUGAAUGGUUUAAAACCGGUUUUAGAAUUUAUGACUUUUAAUUUUGCUAUGCAAGCUAUUGAUCAAAUUGUUAAUUCUGCUGCUAAGACUUUAUAUAUGUCUGGUGGUAUACAACCAUGUAACAUCACCUUCCGUGGUCCAAAUGGGGCUGCUGCUGGUGUUGGUGCUCAACAUUCUCAAUGUUAUGCUGCUUGGUAUGGUUCUAUUCCAGGUUUGAAAGUCGUAUCUCCAUAUUCUGCUGAAGAUUACAAGGGGUUAAUUAAAGCUUCUAUUAGAGAUCCAAAUCCAGUUAUAUUCUUGGAAAAUGAAAUUGCAUAUGGUGAAUCAUUUGAAAUGUCUGAAGAAUCUUUAUCUCCAGAUUUCUUAUUACCAAUUGGUAAAGCUAAGAUUGAAAAAGAAGGUAGUGAUCUUACUAUUGUUGGUCAUUCUAGAUCAGUUAAAUUCGCUAUGGAAGCUGCUGAAACUUUAGAAAAGGAAUUCGGAAUCAAAGCUGAAGUUAUUAACUUAAGAUCUAUUAAACCAUUAGAUGUUCCAACUAUUAUUGAAUCUGUUAAAAAGACUAAUCAUUUAGUUACUGUUGAAGCUGGUUUCCCAGCUUUUGGUGUUGGUUCUGAAAUUUGUGCUCAAAUUAUGGAAUCUGAAGCUUUUGAUUAUUUGGAUGCUCCAGUUGAAAGAGUUACUGGUUGUGAAGUUCCAACUCCAUAUGCUAAAGAAUUGGAAGAUUUCGCAUUCCCAGAUGAACCAACUGUCUUAAGAGCUUGUAAGAAGGUCUUAAGUUUGUAA